UAAGUGUACAUCUCUCUAAUAAUUAACUUACCUCUUUCAUAUGUAAUACAAGGUUAAAAAUCCUAAACUACUAGAAUGACCAGAAUACUUCAGAAACACCCAUACAUUGGUUCCAAUAUUGGAAAAAAAAUACCAAGGAGUGAUCUUGGAUAGCUUUCACAGUGGUGCUGUUGUGCCGCUAUGGCAGAAAUGCUGGCGGGGAUGUGUAUGAGCGAUUGGCGGCUCUGCGUCAAACAGAGAGUGUGACAGACUUUGUGCAAGAAUUUGAACUUUUGGUAGCGCAAACAUGAGGCGCAUCAGAGAAAGCGGUUACUUUCUUGCUGGACUUCGCUCAGACGUUCGUUGCAAGAUUCGACCUCACAAACCCAGGGACCUGUCCAGUGCUAUGGAACUCGCUGGUGACUUCGAAGAGGCAGGGAAAGCGGAGAACCGUUACAGCAAUCCUCACGGCUGCAGGUUCAAGUUUCAUCCCAAGAGCGACACGGUGGCGCGAAAUUUUGGUGGGAACACUCUGAAUCCGGCACAAGGGGCUCCAUUUUAGCACAGGUCAAAUUGCGGUGUUGUUCGUAACUCCUCUAAUGCGUUCAGUGGGAAACAGAGUGAGGGAACGAAAUGGGACCAAAGAAAAGGGGUGUGAGGAACCUACCUUACCAGAAGUAUCUUCGUAGGAGAGAAGCGAAGCUGUGCUAUCACUAUGGGGGGCCAUUUGUUUUAGGCCAUAAGUGUCCUGACAUGAAUCUUCGAUUGAUUAUAUUGGCCGAGGACGAAUGUAUCAAUGCAGAGGGCGAAAUCAUAAAAUUUGAGGCAAUUCAGGAUUUUGAGGAUGAUGCAAUCCAGGAUGAGGAGGUGGAAUACCAGUGGAUGGACCUUUCCAUGUGUUCUGUGGGAGGUCUAACUCAGCCAAGUACAAUGAAACUGGAAGGGAGGAUUCAUGAUAGGAAGGUGAUGAUCUUGAUUGAUAGUGUGGCAAGCCACAAUUUUAUCUCUACCAUGUUGGUUGAACAAAUGAGUCUUCCUAUGGGACCAACUAGGUCUUAUGGGGUGAUAUUGGGGGAUGGCAAUAAAGAAAAACACAGGGGUGCUGUAUGUAUUUGCAGGUAAGUCUAGGACAGCAUGCUGUCAAGGACAAUUUCUUUUUAUUUGAGUUAGGGGGAGUGGACCUCAUUUUGUGAGUGGCUUGGUUAGAAAAAUUGGGAGAGGUAAAAAUGAAUUGGAAGGACCUGACUAUGCAGUUUGUCCAUCAAGGCAAUUUGGUGGUAGUCCAAAGGGAUCCAAAGUUAGUUAGAUCCUUAUUCUCUAUUCAAACCCUGCUCAAGACAACUGAAAUCGAACAUACUGUUCUACUCUGGAUUAUAGAGGCUGGUGAGAUAGAAAGCGCAGGGGAGCAAAUUGACGAUGUUAUGAACCAACAAAUCAACAGGAUAUUGGAGUAUGCUGAAGUGUUUUUUGAAAAAAAGGGUCUUCCUCCUAGUAGAAGUGUCGACCAUGGAAUUCCCCUCAAGACAGGUGCAGAUCCAGUAAAUGUCCGGCCUUACAGGUAUCCCUUUUAACAGAAGAAUGAAAUAGAAAAACAGGUUAAUGAAAUGCUGGAAUCUGGGAUUAUCAAACCCGCCAACCGCCCUUACUCCAGUCCUGUUAUAUCAGUGAAGAAGAAAGAUGGGAGCUGGAGGUUUUGUAUUGAUUAUAGAACUCGGAAUAAGGUCACAGUACUUGACAAAUUCCCUAUUCCUCUGAUAGAGGAAUUAUUAGAUGAGUUGAAGGGGGCUAAAUUUUUUUCUAAGAUAGAUCUUAGAGCUGGCUACCUUCAAAUAAGGAUGAGACCUGAGGAUAUUGAGAAGAUUGCAUUCAGAACACACCAAGGACAUUAUGAAUAUGCCAUAAUGCCCUUUGGACUGAGUAAUGCACCUGCCACCUUUCAAUGUGCAAUGAACUUGACAUUACAGGAUUUUUUGAAGAAAUUUGUAUUGGUGUUUUUUGAUGACAUACUCAUUACAGCCCUACUUGGGAGCCACAUUUGGAACAUUUGAAGGCUGUGUUGAGUACUCUACAAAGGAAUGAGUUCUUUGCCAAUAUUAAGAAGUGUAGCUCUGGGAAGACAAAGAUCGAAUAUCUAGGUCAUAUGAUUUCAGGAGUCGGGGUGGCAGUGGACAAGAAAAAGGUGCAAGCUGUUCUAAAUUGGCCCAUUCCUAAGACUGUCAAGGCUUUGAGAGGUUUUCUGGGAUUGGCAGGAUACUAUAGGAGGUUCAUCUGUGGUUUUGGAAAAAUAGCCAGACCCUUAAAUAACAUGUUGAAAGCAAGAAAUUUCAAGUGGACCACUAAAAGUUCUGAAGCCUUCAAGAGGUUGCAGGAAGCCUUGACCUCUGCACCAGUUUUAACAAUGCCUGAUUUUGACCAGCCAUUUGUGAUCAAGUGUGAUGCCUCAGAAAAAGGGAUUGGUGUUGUUUUAUCCCAGAAUAAAAAGGCUAUUGCUUACUUCAGUAAGCCUUUAUCAGAGGUUUAUCUAGUUAAGAGUAUAUGAGCAAUAGUUGAUGGCAUUGGUGUUAGCCAUCCAACAUUGGCAGCCAUAUUUGAUGGGCAGGAAAUUUCUGGUAUACACAGAUCAAAAGAGCCUAAAGUUUCUGCUGGACCAAAGACUCACCACUCAGACUCAAUAGAAUUGGUUGGCAAAACUGUUGGGGUACGAAUUUGAUAUUGUGUUCAAAACAGGGGCUUCAAAUAGGGUAGCUGAUGCUUUGUCACGAAAGGAGGAGGAUAAAGAGAUUCAAGCGCUGACCAGACCCUAUUGGCAUGAGGUAGCUGAGAUUGACAGAGAAGUUCAGGAGGAUCCAGUAUUGGCUAAGAUUAAAGAUGACCUCAGACUCGACCCAAAUUCAUAUGGUAAAUAUACCCUGGAAAAGGACAGAUUAUAUUACAAAGUGAAAUCGGUAUUGGAUAACUCAGCUGUUUAAGGAAUUCCACUCUUCUCUAUCAGGUGGACAUUCUGGAGUGGACAGAACAUAUAGAAGAUUGGCACAAUCAUUGUAUUGGAAGGGUAUGAUGAAGACAAUACAGGAGUUGGUGGCAAGAUGUCAGGUCUGCCAAAGAAACAAAUAUCAGGCCUCUUCUCCAGCAGGGCUACUGCAACCACUCCCUGUGCCUUAUCAGGGUUAUGUUGUCAUGAAUAGACCAUGGGCUUUUGUCCAGUGGCUGGAGAAAGCAGACAUUGAGGAAGAAUAUAUUUUGAUGGCAGAACCUGACCACAUAUUUGUAAAUCCUUUGCCUAAUUUGACUAAUGGAAACCAACCAGCAGGGUAUCCAUUUUUUUAUAUAAAACCAGUUAAACAUGGAAAAAUAAUUAGGAAAUUCUACCCCAAGGCGAACGGUCCUAUUACUGAUAUUGAUCCCAUUGGCAAUUCUCCUGUAAUCAUUCAGAAGUCCUUGCUGGAGGAAAUAGCUCCCACAUGGGUGAAUAUUUCCUUGCAAAUGAAAGAUGAUCCAGAAACUGAUGAAACUUUUGGAUGGGUACUUGAAAUGUAUGCGUACGCUGUAGCAUCAGCUUUGCACGGUGUACGGCAUAUUCUUCAUGAUAACUUCAUGCUCCAGCCACCAUGGGACUUUGAUGUUGAGAACAAGUUUAUAAUCCAUUAUACUUAUGCAUGUGACUACAAUUUAAAGGGGGAACUAACAUAUGGGAAGAUUGGAGAAUGGCGUUUUAACAAGAGAUUUUAUCUAACAGGUCCUCCACCCAAAAACCUUUCCUUACCCCCUCCUGGAGUUCCUGAAAGUGUGGUGCUGCUAGUAAAGAUGAUUAAUGAGGCUACUGCUAACAUACCUAAAUGGGAUUCCUUAAAUAGAAGCUGAGGAAAAGAAAAUAACGUGCAAGGUCUUAGGCCCCUCAUGCUAGUGACUACUAGAUGAGAAACAACAAUUAUGAUUACAUGAAAAUAGAUUAGUUUAACCCAGAGAAGAACUGUGGUGAAUACGGAAAGAUGUUUUUGUGCUAGCUCUGAAAAUAGAUUUUUUUUUUUUUAUAGCAAGUCAAUUGUUGGUAUUGAAAUUUCAAACAUAUAAAAACAUUUACAGAUCGAUGGAAACAUUUUAUUGGAAUGUUAUAUCUACAGAUCAAUGUAUCAAAUAUGCAGUUAAGGGGGAAAAUGAUAGUAACCACCAAAAUUUUGAUU